AUGAGCGAGUUUGUGAAAGACAAGGGGUUAAUUGUUCGUGUAUCUAUUCAUCUCGUCGUCUAUGGCACAUUGAAGGCUACGCAGAGCUUUCCCAUAAUCUUUCAUUAUCAGAUCAUCACUUGUCUUACGAGAUGGAGCGAGGGUCGAAUGCGCAACGGUGCGAAGACAUUGAAAUGCAUUAUGGAGCGCCUCAGUUUGUCCAACUCGUGA